CACACUGCAGCGCAUACAGACUGGUUACCCUUGUGCACGGAGCUCCCCAGCGCUUAUUCAUCAGAGCGAGAGAUCCUUGUAUUUUGCUGUAUGACUGAGUUGAGCUGAAUGUUGGCGAUGUGCGCAGAGAGGAAACCACCGCACGCAACGCUAAGAAUGACACUUCGGUUUAUCGGUCGGCUUCGAGAACUUUGGAUGUUUAGCUGCUAUUUCAACUUUUAGCAUUAAUGGAAUCAACAAGAGACGAGUAAAAUCGCUGCCUUCACAGCACCAGCAAAACAUGUGUUGGAAUUUAGGCUAAGAAGCAGCGGCUACAGAUUGAAAUAAUUAGCCGUUUUUUUUUCAUUCUUCAAAACAACAACAGUGAUAUACAUUAGGCAAUAAUUCAGUUGCCUACUUCAGAAAUUCACAUAACUUUUGUGUUAUUUGUGAUCCAAAAUACCAGCCAGAGCUUAGAGAAUUUUCCUAUAGGCCUAGUGUUGCCAAUUUAGCUUAGCCUAUAGCCUAGUUGGUAGACACUCCUGGCAUACCUAGAGAGCUCUUUUUUAAAUAAACGGUUUUCUGCGUUUAAAAAAAGUAGGCAAUUCAAGAAAACAACAGUUCAAAUCUACUGUUCAAACUAAAUUGAAGGAACGAGUCAGGAGAUCAAGGAUUUGCACUCUAGUAGGAGUGGUGCGAAACAAAAUGUUCCUCGCGCGAAGCGCAAUGUCUUUACAGCCUCGCAUCUUCCAUUGAUAGGACAGCCGGGAGACAAUCAACCAAGAACAUCUGUGCCACUUGUGGAAGAGAUACAAAAAAUGGCGAGAAAUAAACAUCGACAUUAAGCCCCCCUGUGGUUGAUGGUGAUGCCUGAGUCCAACCCAGCAAUGCAGAAGACGAGAACCUGGUGGUGGCAGGGACAACUGGGGGUUUCUCUGCUGUUUCUGGUUUUCCCGCUCCUCAGGACCGAACCGCUCCAACUCGAGCUGUCUUUCAAUGGACUUUCGGAACCCCAGAAUGUGACACUGGCUGCUAUUCUGCCUUUGAGCAACACUGAAUACCCGUGGGCCUGGCCUCGCGUGGGGCCCGCUCUGAUGAGGGCUCUGGAGCGAGUCAAUGACGACCCCACCCUGCUACCGGGCCACCGCCUUCGAAUAGUCUACGACAGUAGCGAAAACAAGGAUGGCGUCUGCUCCGACUCAGUGGCGCCAUUGGUGGCCGUGGACUUUAAGUUCUCCUACGACCCAUGGGCCUUCAUCGGCCCUGGCUGCGACUACGCUUCGUCUCCCGUGGGCCGCUUCACUACCCACUGGGACGUUCCCAUGGUGACGGCCGGGGCAGCGGCCAUCGGCUUCCACUUGUACACAUCCAUCACCAACACGGGCCCCACGCACAAGAAGUUGGGCGAGUUUGGGGUGCGCCUGCAUCGGCAUUUUGGCUGGCACAGACACGCCAUGCUCAUGUUCAGCGACAACAAGAACGACGACCGGCCGUACUACUUUACGGCCGAGGGGUUGUACACGCAGCUACAGCUGGACAACAUCACCACAGCAGACAAGGUCUUCAAUGAGCAGAAUGGACCGGUCCAGUAUGAUGACCUCAUCAGUGUCAUCAGCCAGAGUGCCCGAGUGGUGUACAUGUGCUGCUCACGGGACACUUUCCGGAUGCUGAUGGUACAGUUUUGGAGGGAGGGCUUGCCCCCGGAGGACUAUGCUUUCUUCUUCAUCGACCUGUUCGGCCACAGCCUGAGGAAGCGUCCCGCUAGGCCCUGGUACAGAGGAGACGCAGACGACCACGCCGCUAAGAAGGCCUUCAGGAGUGUGAAGAUCCUGACCUACAAAGAGCCACAGAACCCAGAGUACCUGGAGUUUGUGUCCAACCUGAAGACGGACGCAUUGAACAUGUUCAACUUCACCGUAGAAGACUCACUGACGAACCUGAUAGCAGGAGGCUUCUAUGACGGGGUAAUGCUUUACUCUCAGGCCCUGAACGAGACCAUGGCCGAGGGAGGGGGCCGGCCGCGAGGGGACAUCGUCACCAAGAGGAUGUGGAACCGCACGUACCACGGUGUUACUGGCUUGGUUCAAAUUGAUGGAGAAGGCGAUCGGGAGAUUGACUUUGCCUUGUGGGACAUGACUGAUCUUGACUCUGGGGUCUUUCAGAUCGUAUCCGUCUACAACAGCACCCUGAAGGAGUUGGUUCCAGUGCCGGGCAUGAAGGUCCAGUGGCCGGGGGGCGCCCCGCCCCAAGACAUCCCCGACUGUGGCUUCAAGAAUGACAAGCCCGCUUGCUUAGCACGGACUGUCACUAUGCACCAGAUGGUGGCCAUCGUUGUGUGCUUCAUCUUCAUCAUCAUCGUCACCGUCACCGUCUUCAUCUACAGAGAGGCUCCAACUAUGGCCUCCCUCCUGACCAUGGAGCGAAACUUCCAGAUCUACGCCAAGACUGGCUACUACAAGGGAAACAUUGCGGCCAUUAAGUACGUCACUAACAAGAAGCGCAUCGAGCUCACCAGGAUGGUGCUCUUUGAGCUUAAACAUAUGCGGGAUGUUCAAAACGAGCACCUGACUCGCUUUAUCGGAGCCUGUAUUGAUCCUCCCAACAUCUGUAUCAUCACAGAGUACUGUCCCCGGGGCAGCCUGCAGGAUCUUAUGGAGAGCGAGACCAUCACCUUGGACUGGAUGUUCAGAUACUCUCUCAUCAACGACAUUGUUAAGGGGAUGGCCUUCCUUCACAACAGCGUCAUCGUCUCCCAUGGUAACCUGAAGUCCUCUAACUGUGUGGUGGACAGUCGCUUUGUUCUGAAGAUUACUGACUACGGGCUGGCCAGCUUCCGCGAAAAGUCCAAUAUGGAGGACACACACGCCUACUAUGCCCGAAAAUUGUGGGCAGCUCCAGAGCUGCUGAGGGCAGAGUGUCCCCCACCAUGUGGCACUCAGAAAGGGGACAUCUACAGCUUCGGCAUCAUCCUGCAGGAGCUGGCCCUGCUCCGAGGGGUCUUCCACAUCGAGGGGGACACCUUCAGCCCCAAAGAGAUCGUAGAGCGCGUGGCCCUGGGCGAGUGGCCCUACCUGCGACCCUCCCUCUGCCCCCAGAGCCACAGUGAAGAGGUGGGCCAGCUCAUGCAGCGCUGCUGGAGCGAGGACGUGAACGAGAGGCCCGAGUUCCACCACAUCAAGCUGCUGCUGCGCAAACACAACAGGGGUUAUGGGUCUAAUAUCCUGGACAACCUGUUGUCUCGUAUGGAGCAGUACGCCAAUAACCUGGAAGAACUGGUGGAGGAAAGAACACAGGCUUACCAUGAAGAGAAACGCAAGGCCGAGGCACUGCUCUACCAGAUACUUCCACACUCUGUAGCGGAGCAGUUGAAGAGAGGGGAGACGGUGCAGGCUGAGGCCUUUGACUCAGUCACCAUCUACUUCAGUGACAUUGUGGGCUUUACCGCUAUCUCAGCAGAGAGCACGCCCAUGCAGGUGGUGACCCUAUUGAAUGACCUCUACACGUGUUUCGAUGCCAUCAUCGACAACUUCGAUGUUUACAAGGUGGAAACGAUAGGUGAUGCGUACAUGGUGGUGUCUGGGCUGCCGGUGAGGAACGGCAAGCUGCACGGCCGAGAGAUCGCCCGUAUGUCCCUGGCCCUGCUGGAGGCCGUGCACUCCUUCAGGAUCCGCCACCGACCUGCCCAGCAGCUCCGUCUGCGCAGUGGCAUCCACAGUGGCCCUGUAUGUGCUGGCGUUGUAGGACUGAAGAUGCCUCGGUUCUGUUUGUUUGGAGAUACAGUCAACACAGCCUCUCGCAUGGAGUCCAAUGGGGAGGCCCUGAAGAUCCACGUGUCGGAGGCCACACGCGUGGUGCUGGACGACUUCAACUGUUUCCAGCUGGAGCUGAGAGGAGACGUGGAGAUGAAGGGCAAAGGGAGGAUGAAGACCUACUGGCUACUGGGGGAAAGCAUCAACAACAUGGCUUAGUAGAGAGAGAGAGAAUUAGACAUAGACAGUAUUGGAAAGAUGCCGUAGAAAAGAUUGUUUAGGCAAGGGAGGACUGAGG